ACUGAACUGCAAUCGCUCAAACGCAGCAGCAAAGCUUCUCCUUUUAGCGCUCUCCUCCCCCUUCCCGCCGGCCGCCGUAAUCGUUCUCCCAGUCCCAAGUCAGUCCAAUCCUCUCGCCGCCCUCAGCUCGCUACUGCUUACAGUCAGGUCGAUCAACUCAACAAUCGAUCUUCCUAUCCACUGCCUCUGCCUGAUUCAUCUUCUUGCUCUCGUGCUCAGUCUCAUGCUGUUGUACCUCUGGUAGAUCAAAUAAUGGCCUCAACUACAUCUCCCCAGCAGGAAAAUGAUGCUGGCGGCUUGCAAGUCCACUGUUUCACUGAUGUGGUAGAUGAACUCACUCUUCAUUUCCAGAUCAUCCGACUUCCGAAGCAGAUAUAUGCUUGGAUUGGUUGUAAUUCCUCUAAGAUGGGUCACCUUUAUGCAGCUGCCCACACUCGUCCUAGCGAAGGAGUGAGCGUCAGCUGUGUUCUUGGUGGUUCUUCAGAUAACCCCGGAGCUGGUAUUGCCCGUCGCAUAGUGUUGAAGAGUGGCCUCAAUGUCAUCCUGGCUUCCAAUAUCCCCAAGAACAGUCCCUUGAUCGAGGCAAACGCCGAGAGGAAAAUGAUGGAGAAGCUCGUUCAGCUGGGCUACACUCGGCCGAGAUCAGAACCAUCUUCAUGAUAAACCCUACUGCGGGGGAGAUUCAUCGUUGAAAACUGAGCUAAAGUACUCGUUUUGGCUUUAUGAUUCCCAGGAGGACGCCUGCAAAUCAUUCUGGUCCCGGCAUAUGAAUCACUUAUCAUCCAGUCGGUUAAUAGACCAUAUGAAUAUAACCUGCUGGAAUGGUUGAUCACUUUGUUGUGGAGUCUGGAGUAGUUGCUCAAGUAUGGAAAUGCAAGUGUACUGCUGUAUGUAUUGCCUUAUUUUGAUAGAGUAAUGAAAGCAGCUAAGCUCUCGUCUUUUUCACUGCAUUUGCUGGUUGGGCCUAGUCGAGCGGUCUCUCGUUUGAGCCCGUUGGGCUGUCAUCCCGCAUUGCAGCCCACUUAAUUACUCUCGUGCACCGGAAGAAAACCAAAACCAAGGGAACAUGGCAGGACACUCUGCUUUUCUAAGAGAACAUAAUCCAGCUGCACAACCAGUUCCGCCAAUCUGGGCUCUUCACUUGGAUUUCUGGCCGGCUGUAAGUUGAAAACUGACGACACUCCCUUAGCCAGUUAUCC